AUGGCCGAUCAUGACCCGGAGUACGAGUCCUUGACGAAGCAAAUUAACGAGCACGACCCAUCGUCUAUUCACUUCGAAGGUGACAAAAAAGCAUUUCGUAUCAUUGGAAAAGAUAAGUCGGUGCAUCAUGUCCUCGGCGGAGGAAAAUCUGCCGAUGUUUUGUUGUGGAGGGAUAAGAAAAGAUCAGCUAUAGUGGUUGGUAUUGCCACAACUAUAUGGAUGCUCUUCGAGUUAUUCGAGUACCACCUGAUAUCUCUUACAUGCAAUAUCUUAAUAUUUGCGUUCACAGCACUUUUCUUAUGGUCCAAUUUAACCAGCUUUAUCAACAGGCCUCCACCUCGAAUUCCAGAAUUCAGGGUAUCUGAUGAAACUAUUCUUCGGGUUGUUUCAAUGGUAAGAGGUGAGAUCAAUCGAGGUGUUGACAUUUUCCGAGAUAUUGUAGUUGGAGGAAAUUUGAAGAAAUUUCUUGGACAAGCAAUUUGA